AUGGUGGACCACUCCGUGCCCGCCAUUAUCAAUUCCUGUGACAGGAAGUUGCUCACUACACCACACGAGCUAAAUAGAUGGAUUAGAUCACUCGUAUCCCACGCAUCUUCGAAAGGGAACCUCUACAAUCCAGUCAGCCGUGGGACCGGAAACGACCGCAUUGAGCAGAAGGCGUCAAAGCCCGCUCUGUGUAAGCAACCUGCUCCUUAUCUCUUAUCACAGGCAGUCAGGCCCCGCCGCGGGAAGCCGGCUAACGGGCCAGAGCCGACGGUGGUGGCGAGGAGCUGGUCCCGGUCCUCCGGUUCACUAACCCCCGAAAACAGAGGUCGCCCCCCCCCCCACCUCGAGGCCGGUCAGUGUACCCGCUCCUGCCGGCUGCAGAGGUCCUCUCGCCACUUCCUGA